CACCCAAGUGACCGUGUAGCGAGAGAAGCUAAAACUAACUAAAACAUCAAUAUAUUAACAUUUCCAGAAAGAAGGAAUAUGGAACAAAUAAAAAUUCCAAAGUAGUGGCUGGGUACUUUAUAGAAACUGUUAAAGAGCAUUGCGGAUUUCCUCAAACCGUUCGUGCCGAUAUGGGCACCGAUAAUGUUAUUGCAGAGUUACUUCAAGGCCUCUCUCAUGAAAUUUUGGGGAUGAAUUCCUUGGGACGUUUACCACCAUUUAUCUACGGUUCUAGCCAUACAAACCAACGAAUUGAGGCCUGGUGGGCCAUGCUUCGAAGACAUAACAGUCAAUUUUGGAUGAAUAUCUUUGAGCAACUGAAAGGAGAUGGUUUAUUCACUGGAAGUUUUCUAGACAAAUUCAUUGUUCAGUACUGUUUUUUGGAAGUAAUUCAGAAUGAAUUAAAUGAUAAUUUUGAAGACGUUUGGGAAUUUUUGCCUAUUUCUGUUGCCGAUGAAGACGUCUACCAAUUGUGUAUAAUUAUAUCUGACGAAAUGCAAUUGCUGAACCGUGAAAGUGCGUAUGAUACACUUAACAAUUACGUACUUUUAAGAACAGAAAUAAUGUCGUUAUUAGAACUAAACUAAAAUUGAAGGUCAAUUGUUAGACACAAUUGCUUUUUUCGAAUCGUCGUAAUCGUCAUGAACUGUGGGUAGCCUUAGUUCGGGGGUACACGUGUUGGCUGUAGGAUAUUUGCUAAAUUCUCCAUGUAAAAAUACAAUUUGUGGGAUGCU